GGUGCAAAAAUGUACAUUUCUUCCCUAUAACCACCCACUGCUGCUGAAAAGAUUUAAUAACAGUAACAGCUUAUGAUUCACUUUGUGUGUUAGAAUGCUCGAACAUUGAACUCCCAGAUUUUACGAGUAAGUUUUCAUUCAGACUUAUUACUUUCAAAUACUAAGUCAUACAAGUGUACAGUAUGUGUACGUUAUUCUUUUAUUACCUCAUAUAAAUAUUGAUACUGACAUUAAAUGCCACAGUUUAAUGGGUAAAUGGAUUUAUAACAGAGAGAAAUUCAACUCACACGAGCGUGCGCUUUUAUUUGUGCAUGUAACAUGGCUUUGUAACUUUGGCUGUUUUUUUACUAACCACCAGAUGGCGCUAUUUUCGACACUCUCAUAGCUUUGAAUCUUUUCCUGGAACAAUCAGGGGUGAGCCUCAGUGCUUCAAGAGGCUUCAUUUGCCCAUGCCUAGUAUGAGAUUAAAAAAGCAUAUACUGUUUAAUUAUACUAGCAUGUAUGUAGAAAGUUAUCUGAGUGAGAGAGAAAGACAGAGAACAGCAAAGCAAGAAUGUAUGCAUAGUUCUUGUGAAUUGAUGGCCUGACAUAUACAUUUGUCUUGCGAAUAUGCAAGCAAUUGCAUUUCCUAAGCGGGACCACAAAGUAGUUAUCUUAUCUUUUAAAUAUAAUUGAAAACAUAUAUAUAAAAAAUUGCCUAUUAAAGAAAUAAUUAGAUCCUAAAUGUCUGAGUAUUUUCCUGAUUUGUUUGCCACUAUUCCAACUAUUGUAUUUUGACAGCAUCUUAAUUUGAAUGAACUGUUAUUGUUUAUUAUAGUUGCAAAUCAUUAACAAACAGACAGUUAUAUUAGCUUUUUUAAUUUGCUGUCUCUCUGACUAUUUGACCAUUCAUUCAUGUGAUUUUUCUUUUCCCUUUCAUAUGUUUCUUGUUUUUCUUUACCUCAGUAACACAUACAGUAUGACAGUACAAUACAUGAGUUCAGAAUGGGCGUGGUGUUCACUUGGGUUCGUAUAUAAAGCAGUCUUAAAGAGCAGGUUGGAUAAGCCAAGCUGAUAAACUUAGAACAUGGCAGCAGUGAAAGCAUGCAAUAUAUUGAUCACCGGAGCCAACCGGGGCUUGGGCUUAGAAACUGUUAAACAACUUUUGAAGGAUUCUAGUCAAAAACAGCAUAUUUUUGCUACCUGCCGUGACCCAGAUGGACCGAAGUCUGAGGUGAGUUAUAAAUAACUAACACAAAAGAAAACACCAGAAGACAUCCUAAUGUGCCUUGUUUAUUUAUGCAUAUUAUCUUUCUUAGCUUUGAGAGAACUGGCGAAAAAGCAUCCGAAUGUGAUCACCAUCAUACGUCUUGAUGCUGAUGAUCCAGACAGCAUCAAAGAAUCUGCAAAGAAAGUGGGAUCUCUACUGGGAAACAGUGGUUUGAACCUGCUUGUGAAUAAUGCUGCAAAAAUGGGAAGUGGCAACAUUCAGACCAGCAGUGUUGAAGACAUGAAAAACACAUUCAACACCAAUGUGAUAGGACCCUUAUUAAUCAUUAGGGAGUACUUUCCAUAUCUACAAGCAGCAGCCAAAGCCAGCGGGACACCAGGCAUGUCCUGUAAUAAAGCAGCUGUCAUCAAUAUUUCCUCUGUUGGGGGAUCCAUGACCAGAAUGCCUCCCAUGUAUAUCCAAUUCCCAGAAUUGCCAUACUGCAUUAGCAAGGCAGGUUUUAACAUGCUGACUGUGUUAGCUGCUGAAGAGUUAAAGGCGGAUGAGAUCCUCUGCAUGGCCCUUCACCCAGGAUGGGUGAAAACUGAAAUGGGUGGAGAAAAAGCACCACUUGAAUCAAAAGAAAGUGUGGAGGGGAUGCUGCGUGUCAUUGGCAGCCUCACUGAGAAGCAGCACGGAGGAUUCCUGGACUACACUGGAGAAACGAUUCCCUGGUAAACCAGAAGAAAAAAAUGGUCAUGAAAAGGCUGAUCCAGGUCCAAACUGACCUAUUUAUCUUAAUAACCAUAAAAGGGCACACAAGGAUUCAUGACAGAAACAUGACAAUUUUAUACCAUUUCAUACAAUAAAACUCUUAUCAAUUAAA